GGACCACUCAGAAAAUACGCCACAAGGCCGGUACCUGGGCACGAGGGUGACCUAGCUUUGUACUCCCUCAAUCUCAGCCUUCCCUUGUCUGAACAUCUCCAGGUCGACAACCCACGCGCAGCUCUUUCAACAGCACCAAGCACUCAACAAUCCUCCAUCGCAAUUCCCCCGAAACGAGUACUCUGUCCCCAAGCUGGUAGAUCACGAACACCCUGCCAACGGCGCGUUCUUUGCGCGUAACCGGCCCCCGAGGACGGCACCGGAGAACGUCUUGUCCACAUUACGUCGCUUUGUUCGCUCAAAAUGCCGGCGCUGGACAUGGACAAUCCGGGUGUCCCAGCCGUCGCAACAUCGGUGUCGCUACUCAAGGAGCUUCUGGAGCAGGCAGAGAAAGUGAAACAAACGUCUACCAUCGAACCAGCCCUAAACAAGUCCGACUUUGACGAUAUCACCGGUCGGGUAUCGCAGGUUGCCGCCUCGCUCACCGGAGCGCUCACUGGAGCAGAGAAUGGCGAGUCAACCAGUAGCCAGAUAAAGGGACGGCAAUAUGCCAUGAUCGAGACCGCCUCCCGUGAGAUAUUCAGCAAUCUCAUUGCGACUACCACCAUCGAAUCCCCAGACUUCGUCAAAGUGUGGAACCUACUCGACAUCCUCUCGAUCCUCUCCGACGACGGACAAUGCGACCCUGCGCUCCUCUUUUGGCUAGCUGAGGAGCUACUCGACAGCCAGACAAUCGCGGGGUGUCGCAAAAUCUUCGACUUCCUCGAAUCGAGACGAGAACGUAUCACAUCGAAUCACUUUAAGCAGAAGCAACUUAUCAUUCUGCGAACCUGCAAUGAACUGCUUCGCCGCCUCUCCCGUGCCGAAGACACGGGAUUUUGUGGUCGAGUCUUCAUCUUCAUGUUCCAGAGCUUCCCACUCGGGGACAAGAGUUCCGUGAACCUUCGAGGCGAAUACCACGUGGAGAAUGUCACGACAUACGAGACAAGCCCUGUGGAUGCCGAUUCUAAGAUGGACGUGGAUGCACCUCCCUCGGGCCCCAGGGAGCAGAUCGAGUCAAGAUUAUCAUCCAAGGCCACUGAUCCAAAGAAAUCGGACAAACCCCUAGACCCGAAUGCCCUAUAUCCCCUAUUCUGGUCACUCCAGGAAAACUUCAGCCAACCCAAAAGACUGUUCGAGACACCCCACUUGGCAGCAUUCAAGGAAAGUCUAGGAGCUACCAUGAAAGUCUUCCAGACAAUCCACAAUGAUCGAGGAUCAAGAAAGUCGGCUGAAGACUCCAAGAGGAGCCUGAAACGCAAGAGAGAAGACGGCGAAGACGACGAUACGAAUAAUGCUUUCAACCCUAAAUAUUUAACUAGUAGAGAUCUCUUUGAGCUGGAGAUUAGCGAUUUGUCCUUCCGGCGACACAUUUUGGUUCAAGCCCUCAUCAUCAUCGACUUCCUUCUCUCAUUGUCUGCUCAGUCGCGAGAGAAGCUCUCCGCAGCUGCUUCUACGAACAAGGCAGUUAUGUACAUUGACCAAAUCCUCAGUGAAGAUGAUACCAAAUGGGCCAACGAUAUGAAGAGGACAAUAGCAGAUUAUCUACGGCAAGGCUCUGACGGGCCAUACUUUUAUCGGAUGGUGGAGACGGUGCUGGCUAGAGACAAGAACUGGGUUCGCUGGAAGAUUGAAGGUUGCCACCCUAUCAAACGAGAUCCCGUCUCUCCGGCGAACUUCAUCGAGGCCAAGGGCACCGUCCAGCGCACGGCAACGAGCAAGCGCCUCAGGGCUGUCCCCAUGGGAUCCGUGCCCCUUGACUUCCUGCGGGACGAAGACGAGGAGACGGCCAUGGAGCGUCUCAAGGCCGAUGAGCGGUGCCAGAUCCCCGAGCUCAACAGCUUCAAGCGGAAGAUUGCAGACGACGACUUUGAGAUCGAGAUGCCAACCAAUGACCAGACCAAAGCAGCCGCCAUAGCCGGGAAGGCUAGCAAGAGCUGGAGAGCUCUGCGCAUCGCUGCCCGAACAAAGCUCGCCGCUUUUGAUAAGAUCGAUGACCCUAAGAAGAUCGAUAUCGUCUUUGAGGAGCUCACCGAGGGCGACGACGCCGAAGACACCUCCGAGCCCACCGCCAACGAUGAGGACAUGCCCACUGAUCGGGACCCCAUCGUUAUUUCCGGUCCCCUGGCGGGAGGCAAGUCGACCCUGAUCGAGAAGCUGAUGGAGGAGCAUAAGGGCGUGUUCGCUACCGUGGUGCGGCACACCACAAGAGAACCGCUCGACGGGGAAGUCAGGGGCAAAACCUUCCACUUUGUCAAGGCUCAGGAGUUCAACCAGCUACGCGACGGCGACCGUCUUAUCGAGUCGGGCACUCGGGACAAGUUUGACUACGGAACUAGCACCAAGGCCAUUGACGCUGUAACCGAGGCGGGCAGGGUCCCGAUCAUCGAGCUUGACCUGGAGGCCGCACAAUACGCCAAGGACAUGGAUUUCCAGGCACGCUUCAUUCUUAUCAAGCCCCCCACCCCGGAAGUUCUCGAGCAGCGCCUCAAAUCCCUCGGCAAAGACGACACCACUGUCGAAACGACUCUCAAGAACCUCCCUACCGACCUCGAUGAGUCCAAGGUUGCUGAACUAUUCGCCACGACCAUUGUCAAUGAUGACCUAGAUCAAGCAGCCAAGGCUCUUGGAUCAUUCAUCUUUGACAAGCCAGGUGAUGAAGAUAAAACGAACGAUGACGAGGGCGCGACCGUGGAUACGGCUAUGAAGGAUGACGAGGGCGCGACGCAAGGGAAUGGAGAGGACGCAGUGGAGGAACCCAAGGAGGCCACGAUGACAGAUGCAGAGGCAUCGUAAACUUGGAAUUAGGGAUUAGGAUGUAGGGACAUGUAUCUGUAUGUAGUUUAGAAGUGGUGUGAUGCCUGCCUGAUGUGGGCAAUAAUGAUACCCCAAUGCGGCCCAUACUAGUUGGCGAUUGUCACUGAAUUGGGUGUGAAUCACAAUUUCACCUUGCAGGCCACAUUGAAUGUACCAGGUUACGAACGAUAGAUCAGUGCCAGGUUUCCAGAAGGGUAAACGAUCAGAGUGGAAUUGUAAUCUCAAUCUAGAAGAAACAAACUAGAGUACCAAGCUAACUGUCCAGG